GUGUGUGAUCAAUAUGCAAUAAAAACUCAUUAAUGGGGUCUAUGUUCUGUCAUGGAAAUUAAUUCCGGAAGACGAAUCUGCGAUGUGUCACCCAGGAUAAGCGCAUCCGAGCAAAAAAAAAAAAAAAAAUUAUUUAACGCUAGGAACUGGAAACUGAAAUGUGUGCAUAGAAAAGAUGAGACAGGAAAGGAAAAGUGGAAGUCAUUGUUGCAUAGUAAGAUUUGCUAGUCUUUGUAGUUUUCUGUUCGCCAGAGAGAAAUCUGGUCAUUAUCUUGAGCCUUUAUUCUUCCAUAUCUAUCAAUCCUUUUUAAUUCCGUGGAACUCGGCGAGACCAACAGCAAUGUGAGUAAUGCCAUCAAGCUAACCUUACGUUGCGCUCCGAAUGUGCAAUCUGCACAACUCAGCAGGACGUCGUUGUGUGUGUGCGUGUGUGUGUGUGUUUUUUUCCUCUCUCUCUCUUUUGAAUAAUCCUGCACUGACAGACAGUGGAGUCAUUGUACCGCUGUGAACUGAAAACGACAACGCGCCACAUGAGUUUUAGUUUAGCACAGUCUGUAUCUGCAUUCCCCUGUCCUGUCAAAUCCACUAAAUUUACGACUUUCCAAGAGCAGCUAAAUUUAUGUGACAAACAAAAAUAAAAGAGUGCAGCUCCAGUUGGAAAGCAGUGUUCGACCCCCAGCACCCCUCUUCCCUUUCUGCAUGCACUUCUUGUUUAAUGGAUUAUUCCAGGUUCACCCUUUUUGACAGCCUUUUUUUAAUGUUCACCUUUACUCUUAGGGGAGAGGAAGGUAAACACAAUCAAGCAAGCAUGUCUACGUGCACGCAGAGAUAUCUGCAACAACCUCCACUGGCACCUUUUUCGCCGAUUCAAUGUUCUUGAUCAUCCUGCAUAUUACACCAAGCAUUAACAGCAAAAUCAAAUAUUGAUUGCUUCACCUUCAUGCUUUACAACGAGCUGCAAGGGGCACGGAUGGCCUGUGUGGUUCAAAUAGGGAAUGGAGGCGCAUUAAUCAGGUCUUGCUUUGGCUUUUAUCGGAUCACAGCUGAAAUCAGCAAGACCUCCACACGUGAAAUUGCCGAAGCUUCUUUGAUACCCAUAUAGUGAAUUUAGUGCAGGGAUUAGGCGUCUUAUGUGCUUGAGAUGGUGUGUUCAGAUGAUAUAUAUGCUUUAUUUCAUUUUCUCCAGUGAUUAUCUGCUAUGCAGGAACACUGUAUGGAUUCAUAUUUAAUUAUCUCAGUAACUCAAUAAGCUGCCAUUGAGACCAAAAGCUCAUAUUGGUCUCUCGUACUAUAGCUUUUGAUCAAUAAUGUUACUCAUUGCAAUUAAUGGGUUAUAAUUUAUUUAACACAUAUGUGCUCCCUACAUAUUAGUUUGAGAUGCACCAUGGUGAAUUUUAUAUCUUUAGUUUCUUUUUUUUUGGGAUUCAGCUGCUUGGCCAGAAAAAAAACGUUGUUGCCAAAUAACAGAUCACACACACUAAUAUUUCACCAGACUGACGUUGGCUUUGAUCAUCCAUUUCCAUCCAGUGUUGCAAUCAUUUUUUCGGCAAAAUCUGUUGUUGACGAUGACAUCAUCCAACCCUUAUGCAAAGACGUCUUUGGCAUGUUCAAGUUCAAGUUGGGUUCAAGUUCCAGGCUCUUUAGUGGCCAAGUCAGGUGUGAAAAUGACGUCUCAUGCUCCCUAAGCCACUCUUACAGUUUGAACACGAUGAAACACGGCAUUGUCAUCUUGGAAUAUUCCGGUGACAUCUGAGAAGAAUACGUUUCACUCAUUCAUUAUGUUUAUGCGUUCCGUCCUCUAAGACAAUUCUUCCCCAUGUAAGAUAGUGUGGUCAAGGAUCCACAAGGUGAAUAAAAACAAAACAACACCAGCCACCAGUUCCAGAGCCUUCCCAUGAAUUUUAUUUGCUUCUGAACUCUCUGACAACCAUCCAUUCUCCUUUUAGCUGUCAAAACCACUGUUUUAUAGUCAAUUGGCAUCAUACCUGCGUAUGCACAAUUCAACAGGUAAAAAAAAUAAAUAAAUAAAAAACAAAGUCUAAACAGAAACAAGAAUAAUAUUAUUAAUCUAAUUUACAAACUCAUCAACAUAAUGAAAUAGUCUGCAAAAUAAACCUUGUAACACAAGAUAACUCAAAAGUUACUUUAAAGAAAAACAAACAAAGCAAUACUACAAAGAAAACCCUCUGAUUGGUAGAACCCAACAAGGUAAUCAGUGACAUCAUUCAGCCAUUUAAGCAGGAAAUACUGGGCCGGCUGCUCCAACACUCCUGACCUGCCGCAGAACUACAAGGGACAAACAAUGGACAAAUGUCAUAGGAUGAACACUGCUGGUGGGGUGUGUCUGUCUGUGCUGUCCUCCCUCCUGGCCGUGGCUGGGGCCCUGGCUGCUCUGUCUGCCCUCGCUCUAGCUCCUCUCUCUACCCUAGCUGAGGUUGCCUAUGGGGCUGCCGAAAGCAUCCCCAGCACAGGGGCAGAAGGGGGCCCCUCACCCAUCUCCUCACCAUGCUCCAGCCUUGUAGCAGGGGUGCUCUAUGGUUCUUUCUCCCUACGGGAGCUUUUUCCCUUCAGGACACCUGGUUGUUCGUGGUCCUUGGAAAAUCCAGAUCCUACAAAGUACUCCCUCUACCUCCGCUUCACCCGAAACCCUAUCAUCUGCCAAAUGCACCACCCCAUGCUCCUGUCUCUUGACCACCACCUAGUCAAUCAAAGCUGCCCUCUCCAUCUACAAACGGCAACAGCCAGGGAUCAGGAGAUUAUUGAUCUCUGCGGCAGCCCCUUGAACUCAGACAGACCCUACUCCUUCCUGCAGUUUGAUAAAAACUUUGUUCAGUUAUGUCUGACGAGACACCCUGCUGCAGAUGAGCCUCAGGUAACAAACGAAUUGGUGGAGCAGAGGCUGGUGGAGGUAUUGCUCAUUAACAACGAGAACUCCAGUCAGUACACCUGCGGCGUGCUCUGUCGUUGGUUUGAGGAGUGUCUGCGGACGGACCCCAAUGGGAACCAGGAGACCUCUGAAGGGGAUGUUUGUGGGAUGACGCAAACAGGCUGCAUUUGUCCUAAUCACAACAUCAUGGCGCCGCCGAUUCCACUACUUCCAGAGACUCCUCACAGUUUCAGCAACGGUUCCCUCGUCCCUGAUGACUGCUGUGUAACCGAACUUCAUUCCAACGAUGCAAUCGCCAUAGCACCCAGAGACGUCAGGCAAGACCCAUACGAUGACGACCUAAAGGUGAAGACCCAAAGGCCACGAUCAGCUGACCUGCCAGGUGUGUUUCAGGCUCAAACAGGUGAUCCGGCGGCAGAGGAGUGGUCACCGUGGAGUGUGUGUUCUCUGACGUGUGGGCAAGGCUGGCAAGUGAGGACGCGGUCCUGUGUCUCCUCUCCUUAUGGGACACUUUGCAGUGGUGCUCUGCGGGAAACGCGCAUGUGCAACAACACAGUUUCCUGUCCUGGUGAACCUGGAAUCAUAAGUACAGUGCAUGGGCAAUGGGACGAGUGGUCGUCAUGGAGUCUGUGCUCUGUUACCUGUGGGCGGGGCUCCAGAACACGCACCAGGAAGUGCAUGGAUGGAAGUGGGGUGAAGCCUUGCGGCCAGCCCGACAUUCAGACCAAACCCUGCAACAUAGCCGUUUGUCCUGUGGAGGGCCAGUGGUUGGAGUGGGGCGCGUGGUCAAAAUGCAGCGUGACCUGCAACACGGGGACCCAGAUGAGGCAAAGGCGCUGCAGUCCCUCGGUGCAUGGCUGGGCUGAGUGUAAGGGGCUUCAUCAGGAGAGCAGGGAAUGCGCCAACCCUUCAUGCAGUGGUGGAGGUAACUGGGGCAGCUGGAACCACUGGAGUCUGUGCAGCAAGACGUGCGACUCUGGGUGGCAGCGGCGCUACAGGAUGUGCGAGGGCAGCGGAGAACAAGGCUAUCCCUGUGAAGGUUCAGGAGAGGAGGUCCGGUCCUGCAACGAGAAGAAGUGCCCCGCGCCUCAUGAGAUAUGCAAAGACGAGCACCUCCUUUCAAUGUCGUGGAAGAGAGCCUCAGCCGGAGAAACUGUCUACAACAAGUGUCCAACAAAUGUUAUUGGAUCUGCUAGUCGUCGAUGUAUGCUGGACAAAAACGGAGUUGCUUUCUGGGGUCCUCCGAGCUUCGCCAGAUGCGUCUCCCUUGAGUAUAGACAAUUGCACUUAGCUUUGCUAGAGCAUCUUGCGAAGGGUCAGAGGACCCUGGCCGGGGAGGGGAUGUCUCAGAUCGUACGGAGUCUCCUGGAACUUUUGCAGAGGAGGAGCUACUACAGUGGCGACCUUCUCUUCUCCACGGAGAUCCUGCGAAAUGUGACGGACACCUUCAAAAGAGCAACCUACAUCCCAGCUUCCGACGACGUGCAGAAAUUCUUCCAGAUUGUCAGCCACAUGUUGGACUUGGAAAAUCUGGAGAAGUGGGAGGACGCACAUCAGGUCGCUCCCGGGGCUGCUUUGCUGAUGAGAAUAUUAGAAGAUUUUAUUCAUUUCAUUGGGGAAGCACAGAAGCCUUUUCAGAGUUUCCUGACAGUCACUAACAACCUCAUGAUAACCAUACAAAGAGAGCCAGUGUCGGCAGUUUCAAGCGACAUCAACUUUCCCAUGAAGGGACGGAGAGGGAUGAAGGACUGGGCCAGAACAGCGGAGGAUAAGCUCUACAUCCCUAAAGAAGUCUUUACCAUUCCUGCUGAGGAGCCUGGGACCGAAUCAGAAACCACAAUGUAUUAUGUCAUUGGAGCCAUUUUGUACAGAACCCUUGGCAUCAUCUUACCUGGACCAAAUCCUCCUGCGGUGAUCAACUCCAAGAUCCUGACGGUGACGGUGCGACCUGAACCUCAGCCGAGUGAGCCCAUGGUUGUGGUGGAGCUGUCGCCGCUUUUAAAUGGUACAUCAGAUCCUCAGUGCGUUGUCUGGAACUAUGGCAACACGGAAGCUGGCACAGAAAACUGGGGCACAGAAGGCUGCCAAACGCUAGCAUCAAACACUGUCCACACCAAAUGCCUCUGCAGCAGGAUAUCCACCUACGCCGUGUUAGCGCAGCAAGCUAAAGACCCGGACAUGGGUCCCACCAGCAUGCCCUCAGUGCCCCUUAUGGUGGGCUGUGGAGUGUCCUGCACUGCUCUCCUCAUCCUGCUGCUCAUCUAUGCUGCCUUUUGGAGGUACAUCCGGUCAGAGAGAUCGAUCAUCUUGGUCAACUUCUGCUUCUCCAUCCUGGCCUCCAAUUUACUGAUCCUGCUAGGACAAUCUCAAACACUCAACAAGGGGCUGUGUACUGUGACUGCUGCUUUCCUGCAUUUCUUCUUCUUGGCGUCCUUCUGCUGGGUGCUGACUGAGGCAUGGCAGUCCUACCUAGCUGUCAUUGGCAAAACAAGGUCACGCAUCAUUCGCAAGCGUUUUCUGUGCCUCGGCUGGGGUCUUCCAGCCCUUGUUGUUGCAGUGUCGGUGGGUUUCACCAGAGCAAGAGGUUAUGGCACCGCCAGCUAUUGCUGGUUGUCUUUGGAGGGGGGCCUGCUUUAUGCCUUCGUUGGUCCUGCUGCUGUCAUUGUACUGGUAAACAUGCUCAUUGGGAUUGUGGUGUUCAACAAGCUCAUGUCUCGAGACGGCAUCUCAGACAAGUCUAAAAAGCAGCGAGCAGGUGUCCCGGCGGAGGCGCGGAGCCGACUGCUCCUGAAAUGCUCCAAGUGUGGCGUGAUCUCAAGUACCGCUAUGUCCAGCUCGACGGCCAGCAGCGCCAUGGCGUCCCUGUGGAGCUCCUGUGUGGUUCUUCCUCUGUUAGCAUUGACUUGGAUGUCAGCCGUGCUGGCCAUAACUGAUCGCCGCUCCACACUCUUCCAGGUCCUCUUCGCCGUUUUUGACUCUGUCCAAGGCUUUGUCAUCAUCACUGUCCAUUGUGCUAUGCGCCGAGAGGUGCAAGACGCUGUGCGUUGUCGAAUGGGGGGAUGUAAAGAUGACAGCGAAAACUCCCCUGACUCCUGCAAGAACGGACAGGUGCAGAUCAUGAAGGGCUCUUGUGGACAACAGCACGGCUCUCGUCAGAGCACACCCCUGUGUUUGUCUGGCUGUCACCCGCAGCUGCCGACACCGACGUGCCACCACACAAGCCAGCAAGCCUGUUACCAUGAUCUGCCUAACAGCAGCCGCAACUGUGUGCUGAACCACAGCCACACACAUGAGCACACCCUGUUGCUCAACAAUACCCACAACCACAUCCCCAAUCACAUCAACAGUCGAUCAACGGAUUUCGAGAAGGACGUGGACUUGGCUUGUCAGACAGAGAGAGGACACCCAUUCAUUUUCAAAGAGGUCAACACCUGCAACCCUGCCACCAUCACCGGAACCCUUUCACGAAUCUCCCUGGAUGAUGAGGAUGAUCCAAAGCUCGCAGCACAUCAGGAAGGGGGAGUAGGGGUCAAUUUCAGUUCUCUUCCUGGAAACAUCCCACCUCCGAACCUCAUUGUACAGGUUCCAACAUUAGGACUUAAUGAGCUCAGUGAGACACCUCUUAAGAAGGAGGUAAACUUGGACCAGCAGAGACAGCAGGGCCAGCCACGCACCACCGCUCCAAUUUACUUGUGCACCGAGAGCGGACUGGGUUGGGCCCGGCCGCCCGCGUCCUCCAACAAUUCCCAGGACGGAAGCGCGGGAAGUGGGGGGAGCGGCGGGGGUGGAAGUGGCGGAGGAGGGGAAGGAGACUACAUGGUCUUGCCUCGUAGGACGGUCAGUCUCAAACCUCCUACGCCCUCUUCGCAGGGAGGAGGCCUGGGACUUGGCGGCGAGGACAAGCCCCUCAAUAUCGCAGUGGAGGAUCCUCCCUUCCCCCCUCCUCCCUCUCCGCUCACCCUCCACCCAGCAGAGAGCGAGGCCUAUCCAGCAGAUUUUGUGCCGUCCAACGUCGGUGACAUGAAUAUCACCAUGAACCUAAACCGCUCCUACGGGACUAUCAAAACCGUGCCCCAUGGGCAUGGCCACUUGAUGGGCCAAGGUGGGCAUGUGCACUCCCACGGAGGACACAUGCACUCCCACGCGCAUUCACUCCACCUAAAGCCAGGCCAGAGGCCAUCAGUCAGACAGAUUCUGACAGGGGGAACCACAGUGGAGAGAACCCGCACCCUCCCACGCAACCUAGGCAGCACCAAUGCCAACACCAGCCUCUCGGCGGGAUCCCUGGAGAGGAAGAGAGUACGGUACUCUGAGCUGGACUUUGAGAAAGUGAUGCACACUCGCAAAAGACAUUCUGAGCUGUACCAUGAGCUCAACCACUCGUCCAAGUUCCACACCAUAGACAGGUAUAACAGGGACCCAGCCAUGUCCACAUUCAAGGACAAGUCCAACCCCGAGGACCAAAGCUCCUGGGACAGCUUCAAGACCAUGACCCCCGAGCUGUCUAUCGUGCCUGGGGAGCAGAAAGACCGUCUGGAAUUGCACAAUAAGAACUGGGACUCGUCCUCAGCGAACACACCGGACUCGUCCGAGGGAGACUUCCAGACUGAAGUCUGAAGAGGACAUGCGAGACAUUCAGGCUCACCUUAAUCACAGACCUGAGACAGACAUGAGUUGAGAUACAGACACGCAUACACACACGCAGACACAGGACUCCCGAAAAGAUUUACAUAGUUACCAUCUCCUGCAAAGGAUCUCAGACAUUCUGCUCCCUGCCUCAUGCAAUGUGCUUUGUUGGAUCCCAUACUGUAUUUGUUUACAGCUGAAGAGGACGUAUAUUCUAAAGGAAGACUGUUCUUCGCUCUAUUUUCACAAAGACUAUCGGUGGGGAUGGGGGGGGGGCAAAGUGGACAGAACAGGGGCUGGAAAGAUCUGUGACUAAAGACGAUUUUUAAAAGAACUCAAAAAGGAUGAAAAACGUAAUUUCUGAGAAAAAAAAGGGUCUUGAUUUUAUUCUGAAGAUAAAAGAAAAUGUCUUACAAGUGUUUGAUGACUAAGGGAGGGUGGUUUGGGGUGGGAGAGAAAAAUAAGAAUAUUUCUGCACUCUUAUUCUUUUUUUUAUAUAUAUAUAUAUAUAUUGCAAGGGGGAAUAUUUCACCUUAGUCCCUCCCCCCAAGGCAAUCUACUUUUUUUUUUCUUUUUUCUUAUUCUUUCAAAUGGAAGAUGAAAGUAUUCAGUCACUCUGUCUAUCCUAUGUGUUUCCUUUCUUUUUGUCACAGCAAGAGUGGAUAGGGAAUGAGGGGGCAGAGAUGGAGCUGCUCACUGAUUAUGUGCCAUUCUCUUUACAUGUCUUCAGGUUCUGGUUCUUCUAGUCUCACUUUUUUUUUCUCUCCCGUCACAUCCUCUCCCUUAACGUUCCGAUCUUUAAUUUUGCGUCUUUUCUAUUGUUCACUUAACAAAAACGUCAUUCCCCUACGCCCGGGCACGAAAAAUAAACCAAACAAAACAAAACAAGCAAACAAACAAAAAAAAACUGAAACAAAUGAAAACUAGUUGAUUUUUAGUUUCAUGUUUUAUUAAUCUAUGCUUCAUCUGCUCAAAAGAACUCAUUUAUUUUCACUCAUGUGCUUGAGCUGCUUAGUAUGUUUUCUUUUUUUUUGGUUUCCAUGUAUGAAGUGAUUCAAAGGUCACAUAAAACUUUAAAUGCCUUCUUACGACAGAGCACAUGAAUAUGAGAUUGCAUUUCAAGAGUGUCUGGAAAAGACAAAAA